CCUACUUGUUUUGAUUUUGACUUUUGAGUGAGGUUAUGUUAACCUUGGCGGGAAUUAUUGCAUGAAUAUGGACACAGAGACCAUAAAUAAUCAUCUCAAAAAGUUAGAAGAACUUGUAAUUGAUGAGGACAAAAUUGUAACCGUUCCGUCACUUUGCACCACAUUCAAUGUCACUGCCAAGGAAUCCAAACUUUUACUCGAUCAAUUCAUUGAAACUAACCGCAAGGCUCAUCCGAGAAGUCUGGCCCUCACUUACAUACUAUCAGGUUUACGUGAGCAUAAGACACCAACGGUAUCAAUUGUCAAAGAAGACAAGCUUGAUGAGAAAAAAGCUUUGUACACAGGGGAGCCUCUUUGCACAAUUUACAGCGUGCAAAAGUGUAAAGAGAUCGAUUUUAAUAGUGUAACUUUAAUCGAUUGUUUUGAUGUUAGUAAGUCGCGUGAGAGUCCUAUAAAAGGUUCAAUAGUUAGUAGUAAUUGUAUUAAACGACAGUUAAAAACCAAACCAGUUGUUACGUCCAUUGUUAAACCGACACCACCUACGAAGGUUCCACCUAAAAUACCUGUUGUUGAGAAUGGGAUUAAGCACAGCCCGAAAUCGGCGAGCGUUAAGCCGGGAUCGUCGCGCAAGGGUUCAAGUGUGGCUGAGCUGUUCAAAAAUGUGGAACCAAAGAGCAAGUCGACCACAGAGGCUACUGACUCAAUUAAAACGGAAACCAGAAACAGUGAAAUUACGAGUAGUAUACAGCACUUAGUCGACAGCGAUGAUGACUCAGAUGUUGUAAAACCAACUCCUGAGCCAACCAGCAGCAAAAAAAGAAAAAGCACAAAGAAGAGCACUAAUUCGAAGCAACGCAAGCGCAUUGUUGUACAGGAAGAAUCCGACGAAGAUAUGUUUGCCAGUGACGAUGAGGAGAAGGAGGAACUGUCUAGGAAGCGUAAAAAUGUGAUAGAAGAUUCUGAGGAAGAUGAACCGGUCGCAAAACCCGAACCUGCACCUAAGAAUAAAAAGCGGAAGCUCGUCGAUAAAACAUUUGAGGAUGAAGAGGGAUACGUUAUUACAAGGAAAGAAUGGGUGGAGGUGAGCGGGUCGGAAGAUGAGGAGAAGGCCGAAGUUGUCAGUGAGAAAGGGGAUGUUGCCAAGGUUGAGGUGAAAAAAGUGGAAGAAAAGAAAGGUGACAAAUCCGAAGUGAAUAAAAAUGAAAAGGCUGUUAAUGGUAAAGCGCAGAAAGGAAAAAAGGCGGUGCCCACGAACCAACCUACUUUGAUGAAUUUUUUUAAAAAGAAAUGAUCUACAUAAUAUCGAUUAAUUUUUUUGUUGUGUUCGUAAAAUAUAAUUCUCAUGUUAAUUAUAGUAUGCAUGUGUCAUUUAUUAGCAAUUAAAUAAAUUCAUUUGUUUAUUUUAUA